GGAAGAGAGGAUCCUCUUCCUCUCGACUGCUUAGACCUAUCGAUUCAAAUUCAAUCGUCUCUCUCUCUAAAUGGAGGCAGAAUCAAACUGAGAUGCCGCCGGCUGAUUUUCUCCGGAUAUAGUGCUAAUUGUGAUUGGUUAUAUGAUGAAACAAACCAUUUGUUUGUGCCGCGUAUGAGUAUGUCGAAGAUAUGGUUAUUGUGAGCUGGGAAGAGAAGCGCGUUUGUUCUUUUUUUGCCUUUUUGAACAGGGGGAGAUGGAUGUUAGAAUGGUUAUGUGACUCUUGUUUUUCCUCUGUGGAAGGUAUGGGCUUCUGAUAUCGGCUGUGAUGAGGAGAAUGUGCCUCGGACUAUCGACUAAGUUGUUGAAUAUAUCCGUAGCUUCCCUUUGUAGAACCAGGCAAUUGGAGAAGGCUGAAGCUGCUUUAAUUGAUGGAAUAAGACUGGGAGUGCUACCGGAUGUGGUGACCUACAACAUUUUGAUAACGGGGUAUUGUCAAGUUGUUGGGUUCGAUGCAGGCUACCAUGUCAUUCACCGAAUGAAGGAAGCUGGGAUAAAUCCGAAUCUUAUUACCUAUAAUUCUUUGAUGGCUGGUGCCACCAGGCAGGGCUCGUUAGCUUGCUGUCUUAAUAUGCUCAAUGAGAUGCUCGGCAGGGGAAUAGUUCCUGAUGUAUGGAGUUAUAACACGUUGAUGCAUUGCUUUUUCAAAAUGGGAAAGCCAGACGAGGCAUAUAGGAUUUUCAGGGAAAUUCUUUUGAAGAAUAUCACUCCUUGUCAGGCCACAUAUAACAUCCUAAUUAAUGGACUUUGCAAGAACGGGUGCAUCAAGGAUGCUUUGAUGUUAUUUAGGGAUUUGCAGCGUCAAGGAUAUGUCCCGCAGAUAGUGACAUACAACAUUCUUAUGAAUGCUUUAUGCAAGUUGAAGAGGUGGAAGGGUAUAAUUAGACUUUUCGAGGAGAUCAGGGAAUUGGGUAUUGCACCAAAUGCUAUUACUUACACCACAGCUAUGAAGUGCUUCUUUGGGAGUAGACGUUAUAAGGAAGGGCUUCAAAUAUUUUUCGAGAUGAAGAGCAGAGGGUAUGCGUAUGAUUUGUUUUCCUGCUGUACAAUUGUUGCUGCUUUGGUUAAGUCGGGUAGAAGACUAGCUGCUGAAAGAUGCAUCGCACACAUGAUUAAGAUCGGGUAUGAUCUUGACAUAGCGUCGUACAACACCUUAAUUAAUUGGCAUAUUAAGGAAGGCAAACUUGAGAAGGCCUACAACUUGUUGGGUGUGGCUGAAUCGAGGGGACUGGAUUGUGAUAUUUAUACCCAUACCAUCUUGAUUGACGGGCUUUGCAAGGCUGGCAAUUUUGAUGUUGCUGAAAGGCAUCUUGACCACAUGAAAACUAUGGGAUUCAAUUGCCUAGUUGCUUCUAAUUGUUUUAUUAACGGUCUCUGCAAAGCUGGCUACAUAGAUUAUGCACUGCAAGUUUUUUACGCGUCAGAUAUGAGGGAUUCGUGUACUUACUCUUCCUUGGUGAACAACCUUUGCAAACAAAGGAGGUAUCGUUUGGCUGCUCAACUCUUGCUAUCUUGCAUUAGAUCAGGUGUGAAAGUACUGAAGUCAGAUGAAAAGAAUGUUAUUCAGGGUCUCACCCGAUUAGGCACCAAAAGGGAUGCCAAGAGAUUUAAGCGACUAGUUCAAAUAUCUAAACUGUUUCAGUAUUGAUAUCGCAUUGAUGUCUAUCCGAGCAACCGGCCCUCAUCUGCCACCAUUAUUGAUGCGUCUUAUUCCAGAAAGUUUGAGGAAUAUUUUAUCAUGCCAGAAUUUGACUGUCACUAAUGCAUAUCUUACACUAGAAACAUUUGGAUGGUCGUUGAUUUUUAUUCAUGGAGAUGGAGAAGUUCUAAUACUGUUAGUUUUAGAUCUAGUCGGUGUUACUUGAGUGAAACAGUGACGUGAUAUAAUCAGGCUAUGGGUAAUGUAGUGGCAUGCGGAACAUUGUGCUGAGGUAUUAAAUGCCUCUGAAAGUGUUCCAAUGGGGUUAUGUACUCGUGUCGUGUGGUCUCUAAUCUAUUCCUAGUGACUUCUCCUUCUAGCCUUGGUAAAGCAGGCAAGAUCUCCUGCAAAUUUGAAGAGAGAACGAUUGCUGUAUAAAAUGGUGGUUGAUGGGACCAGAUGCAACCCUUCCUCUUUUCAUGGCAUUGACCAGGCACAAUAAUUUAUGUCAAAUUCAUCUAGCAGCUGGUGGAGGCGAGUUUAAAGCACAGUCAGCGCUGUAAAAUUUAUCUUCAACUGACAAACCGGCAAGUUUUCUGUAUCAUAUUCAUAGUUGCUGCAAUGAGUGUGUUAGUAUAUUGACAAAUUAGGUGCUAAGUAAAAAAUUCCAUAAGUUGACAGAGAAGAAGACUUUUGGUGAGACGAUACUCCUCACUUCAACUUUACUCAUGAAGAAUUGUUCUAAUCCAUGAAAAGCUAUAUUUUGAAAUUGAGGCUUGAAAGAACAUCUUGGCUCGUGAUGUUUCAAAACUAGGGAAAUUGUUCAGACUUGGUGAGCUUCAAUAUGUUGUUGUUGUUGUUGUUGUACGACCACAUACAAUACAUACAUCAAUGUGUAUGUAAAUUCUGCAGUAGAAAUUGAAAUUCACA